CCUAGGACGGAAAAGUAAAAAAUUUUCCCAUUGAAAUUAAUGGUAAAAUUUACGGUGACAGUUGCCUGAUUAAUCAAUCAGCUGACAUGCUACUUUGCUCCGUUUAGUCAAUCCUCAACCAUCAACCGUAACCUCAACUGCAACUCAGCUCGCAACCCGUGGUCUUCAAUAGCCUUUUAGUUAGAGAUAGAGACUCUAGUUUUGAGUCAUUUUGAGUUUUGAGUUUGUCCGUCACUCGUCUGUCGCCUAGCCGAUCCAUUGGAAAAUUAAUUAUAAUAUAUAGAACUACAUUUGUGUGCGUAUCAGUGACUUUGCUUCUCAGCUGUAUCGAGUUGUGUCGUAUUUAUUGUUAGAAUGGGACCGCCACCCGUGGUCACUGGAAUAUCACCCAAAGAAGGCCCACCCGGUACUCGGGUGAUAAUGCGCGGAGAGUUUUUAGGAAAUAAAGCUCAGGACCUUAUAGGACUGACAAUAUGCGGAUGUGACUGUCUGCUUUCGGCCGAAUGGAAGUCGUCGAACAAAAUUAUAGCGAGAUCAGGACCUUGCAAAGGUCGUGGUGAUAUAAUAGUGACAACACGAAGUGGAGGGCAGGGAACUUCGACAGUGCAAUUUCGUGGUUACCAUGAAACUAUAGGUCCUAUGAAGGAGUCAGCUGUAUGGGUAGAAGAAGCUCCUAUGCAGAGUUUAGGCUGGGGUAGAAGGGCAUUGUCGCCUACAAACUAUCAACAAGAAGACCCUUUGGGGCUUAGUGUAGAAGGAAAUGAUAAAAAGUUUCCCGAAGAUGAAUUGAUUGAACUUUUUGGGGAUGGAAGUGGAGAUCUUACGAGUGAAAAGUUUCAUCCAGGAUGGUUUUUAUUGCAACAUCAUCAUGCCACAACUUUGGAAGAUUUGAAAGCUGGUUUGGCUUACCUUAAAAGAAAAGUCAAUUCUCAAAAAGAAGGACAGUUGUCAUUUUUGAAGGCCAAUGUAGGGGCAGUAAUGGAGCAACUUGAUACAAUAAUAUCAUUAAAGGAUCAGUUUGAAGCAGACAUAAAGAACUAUGGCAGUGAUCCUACAGAGAAAUUAGAAAAAUCUAUCAGGCAGUCUAUGUCAGAGGCUAAUAAAUUAUUUGACGAUGUAUUAACAAGAAGGGAUAGAGCUGACGCCACUCGUAACGCGCUGGCUGUUAUGCAACGAUAUAAAUUUCUCUUUUGUAUGCCAAUAAACAUUGAGAGAAAUAUCAAACGUGGCAACUAUGAUCUCGUAAUUAAUGACUAUGCUAGAGUUAAGAAUCUGUUUAAAAAUACAGAGGUGGAUGUCUUUAGAAAAGUAUUGGAAGAAAUUGACAAUAGAAUUAAUAAUUUGAAAGUGCUGUUACGUAAAAGAUUAGAAGAGAUGUCAUUCAGCUUAGAAGAACGUAAGAAGAUUAUUAGAAAUCUUGUCAAUCUCGACGCCGAAGGUGAUCCGGCAUGGGAUGCAAUAGUUUCACAUGCGAAUUAUCUAGAAAAAUGUAUUGUCAAUGUUGUACCCGAGCAUCUAGACGCAGUUAAUUGUGAGGAAGCAAACAAGACAUCCAAGUCCACUUCGCUAAACAUCAAGCAUUUACGCUCGGAAAAAAUUAACGGGAAUAAUCUACCACCGCAAAUCUCGUGCAUCGAAACAAUCUGCGAUAUCGUGGUCGAACAAUUGCCAGAUCUAUGGAGAUUGGGACAGAGUUAUUUCACGGGACAGCUACAUGUAGCAGUAGAUGUGGAAAAGCAAGGUCAUUUUAAAAAUUUAGUCUUAUCCAGUAUGCAGCGUGCCAUGGAGACAAUGAAGAAUACAUGCAGUCACGAUGUAGAUGCAAAAUGGCUUUUACAUAUAUUACGUCGCGUCAGACAAAUGUACGCGUCUCUGAUACAUUUGGAUUUGCCUAGCGAAGCGCUCGAUAUUUUCGGAUCAUUUAUAUUGAAUUUAAGGAUACAGUGUUUGAUUGCUCUCUUCAAGCAAGGAGCAGAUAAUAUAAUAGCUCUGAAUCGAGAGGAAACGUGGCAGAUAGAAUAUUUAAACGAGGACGGUGGUGUUACAAAACUGCCAUACUUGUUUGAGGAAAUAGUUGUGGCGAUAUCGAGGCAUGCGCGUGAAACGGUAAUUGCUUGUGGUCCGAGAGAAGGGCCAUUGUUCAAUAAUCCGACACAUUUGCUUCUCUAUCAUAAUACCGUCAAGAUGUUAUUUACAUCGUUCACACGAUGUUUACAACAAUUGGCAUUUAGCGGUUGCGAGGAAGCUAUGGACAACGACGAAACAUCGGUUUCGCAAUUGAUUGGCUCGCCUUCUGGUUAUAAAAGCAAAACCAAUAAACAUAAAGGACCAACAUGGGAACAAUGCCUUUUAAUUUCGUUAAGCAAUAUACGAUAUACGUUAAAUAUUAUUUUACCAAGAAUCGAAAAUACCUUGAAAGCGCAAGGUUAUCCCGAGUUAUCCAACGCGGUCGGAUGGAAUUCCGAUUGGACGCAAUUAGAGACAUUGGAUAGUGCCGUUUUGGACGCAUACCUAGAACGCCGCUGCGAUCCACUCGUCGGUACAAUAGAGCCUAGCAUGUAUUUAGGCGGUUUGGAGUGGGACUUUGAUACAGAGCCGACCCAUCUAAAGCCGUAUGCCCAAGAAAUAUUGGCGAAUUUAAUCGCAGUGCACGCAGAAGUACGCAGAGUCGCGCCAGUUCUAUUACAGCGAAUUCUGUCCCAUAUAAUAGAGACUAUAGCGGAAGAGCUCGCGCGACUCAUGUCGUGUGUUACGCAAUUUCGACCGGCUGGAAUUAUUCAAGCUCGGACAGACAUAAUACUCUUGAGGAACGCCCUCCAAGCCUACAGCACGACUAGAGCAAAAAAUUUCUUCGAGGAAGCUUUGGACGCGAUACCUCAACCUAUAAACAAGGAAGAUUGUAUGCGAAUAGACGCUCUUCUGUCGAAGGUUGCAACGUGCAUGCGACUGCAGUUAUCAUGUCUUGCUAAUGAAGGAACGGAGAAUAUUCGUUACUUGACAGCGAAUCCCGAACGUGUUAGCAUUGUAUAAUUUAUGACGAUUAAAGUAUCGUUCAACGAUGCAUUGUAAGUAAUAAUUUAUUUAUUUAAAAAUUGCUUUGCUACAUUUAAAUAUGUAUAUUGUGUGUGUGUGUGUGGGGUGGGGAGGAGUGUAUGUGUGUGUGUGUGUGUGUGUGUGUGUGUGUGUGUGUGUGUGUGUGUGUGUGUGUGACCUAUCAUCAUACAGUGCAGGUAAAACGUACAAUUUGCGACACUUGCAUUUAUUGCGUCCAUUAUAACAUAAGUUUUCAUUUAUAAUAAUCUACUUCAUUUUCAGUUUGUGUGUGUGCGCGCGCGCGCGUGAGUGUGUGUGUGUGUGUGGGUAGUUGAAAAAUUUAAUUAUUCUCUUUCUCUUUCGAGAGGAUAUUUAUACAAUUUUAAUAUAAUAAUGAAAAUCUA